AAACAAUCUUUAAUCUUUGAUGUGAUUUUUCCUUUUUUAUUAAAAACAAAUGCGCGUGCCCUGUUCUCAUAAUCCCAUUUUCAGAGUUCACCAGAGAAUUUCCUUUCCUUUCUCCCCCCUUCUCAUCUUCCUCUCCAUUUCUUGUUUAUCUUCAAUAUUUUUUUCUAUUUUUUUCCCCUUCCUGAUUACUUUUUCUGACUCUUCCCAUGUGGUUAGGUUCAGUCCCCUCCGCACUGGCCCACCGAUCCUUUACUUUCCUCAGCUUUUUCCCUCUCUCUCUCUCUUCCCUGUUUGCUUUUCUUUAUCUUUUUUGAUCUGACUUCGGUUUCCGAGAAAGCACUCCAACUCUUGUUUCUUAACACCAACCAAACACCUCCCUUGUCUUUAUCCUACGCACCUUCACCCUACCCGCGCAUUUUAGGUCCAUCGUCCGGCGUGCGCACCCCUUAUCCUGUACACCUGCAGUCUAGGGUAGGAGAAUCAUUACCGUCAUUUUCUUUUGAAAUACACGUGUCUUGUUUUAAAAUACCCACGUCAGCAUCAGCUUAAGCUUUUAUCUUACUGUCUUUCUCGCUUGCUGGGGUUUCUAAUCUCUUCUUUCUUUUUUUUCUUUCCGUAAGUUUCAGCGACUGAGUCACCGAACGAGUUAAAGAAAGACGAAAGUUCAAGAACCAUGGGGUCGAUACCCGAUCCAGGCGAGUUGACCGAGUUAACUCAACCGAGUUUCGACGAGUUCCAGCGUCAGACUUCCCUGAUGACGAGCUGCACUCUUCUCUGGAAAGAACUCUCCGAUCACAUGAACUCACUCGAGCAAAACCUGAUGAGACAAUCGGAGGCCUUGAAACGCAAAAUCGAAACACUAGACUCGGAGACCAAGGCCUCCCUCGAAUCACUCAAGAAGCGUGAACUCAGCAUCGAAGACAGCGUUAAGAUCGCUAUGAACCGAGUCGAGUUCCACACUAGAGCUGCGGUGAAAACCCUUAAUGAUGACGUCGAAGACAAUCCCGACGGCGAAGUCGACGACGGAGACGGCCUUUUGCAACUCCUAAAAUCAACAUGCUUGAAAAUGGAAGCUAAAGAGUUGUGGAACUUCGUGACUGGCAAAAAGAAAGAAAUUGAUUUGUUGAGAGAGAAAAUUCCGAUAGCUUUAUCGGAAUGCGUCGAUCCGGCGAGGUUCGUUAUGGAGGCCAUAUCGGAGGUGUUUCCGAUAGAUAAAAGAGGGAAUGAGAGAGGGAAUGAUUUAGGAUGGGCUUGUGUUUUGAUUCUGGAAAGCUUGAUUCCGGUGGUGGUUGAUCCAGUGAUCGGAAAAUCGAGGAUGCUGGUUACGCCGAGUGUGAAGGAGAAGGCGAAUGAAAUCGCAGAAACGUGGAAAAAGAGCCUUGAAGAGAGAGGAGGGAUUGAGAAUGUUAAGACUCCAGAUGUUCAUACCUUUUUGCAACAUUUGGUUACGUUUGGGAUUGUUAAGAAAGAGGAUCUGGAGCUUUAUAGGAAGCUUGUUGUUGGUUCUGCUUGGAGAAAACAAAUGCCUAAACUUGCUGUUUCCCUUGGCCUCGGUUAUAAAAUGCCUGACAUGAUUGAAGAAUUGAUCAGUAAGGGACAGCAGCUUGAUGCAGUUCAUUUCACUUAUGAAGUUGGCCUUGUGGACAAGUUCCCCCCUGUACCUCUGCUGAAAGCUUUCUUGAGGGAUGCAAAGAAGGCUGCAUCUUCUAUUUUAGAAGAUCCCAAUAAUGUGGGCAGGGCUGCGCAACUUGCUGCACGCAAAGAGCAAUCAGCACUGCGGGCUGUCAUCAAGUGCAUCGAAGAGUACAAACUUGAUGCUGAGUUUUCACCUGAAAACCUCAAGAAACGCCUUGAGCAGCUAGAGAAGACUAAGACUGAGAAGAGAAAGCCAGCUGCAGUCCCUGCUAACAAACGAACCCGGGCUAGUAACGGUGGUCCAAUGCCUCCAGCUAAAGCUGGACGUUUGAUGAAUGCAUAUGUCUCCUCUUUUCCUGCACCUCCUGCAUUUGUCAGGUCUCCCUCACACACACAGUAUCCUGCUGCAGUCCCAGCAUACCCAUCACCACCUGCCAUGUACGGAAGCAGGAGCCCACCCACCAAUCCCUAUGCCUACCCACCAGAAGCAGCCCCUCCUCCCCUUGCGGGUUCUUACCCUGGAGCUCCCAUGAACUAUCCUGCAUAUGGGGGUUAUGGCAAUGGUUUGGCACCAGCUUAUCAGCAGGCUUACUACCGAUAGACAAUGACGACUCUGGAGAGAUGGUAACCACUGAUAUAAUGACUAUCAACCAAUCCAAGUUUCUUUCUGAAUGGUUUGUAAUCACUAACCGUUUUAAUGGUAGCGAUGUCUGUGUGUUAAUUAUAACUGUUCUGCUUCUUGCUUUGCCAUAGUGAGAAGCUGUAUUUCUAAUGUUGAUUAAACUUUAGUACUAGGUGAUUGUGGAGUAAUCACGAUGGAAGUAUAACAAUGUCUAAACUCAAGACAAGCAUGUAGGAUUAGUUGUAGAAAGAUGUUAUUCUGUUU